CACACUGCCACGUUGACGUUCAAUUGGUUUAAUUGACAGCACAAAACAAUUUUCUCCUGAAAUGUUGUGACUCUGUGAAAAAAAGGAUAAGGCAGUGAGAUACACUUUUUCACACAAAAAUAAGCAAGUACAACAAAUCCAAUAUCCAAUAGCGGAAUAAUGUCUAAAAUAUAAUAGUUAAAUUGUUAAAAAUAACGCUAUAAAUAAAAGCGAUACACAGAGCUAUAUGUAAAUCAGCUGAAGUGGCAGCUGUUUGCACACAUCAAUCCAACCAAACGCAACAAUAGAAAGUGAAGUAGUGGUAAUUGUGGUCACAUAUUCUCUUUGCUUGGAAAGCACGCUACGAAAAGACCAAAAGGAACGAUGUCGAAUGGUAACCGUGGACCUGGACCCAUACCCAAUCGAUGGUUGUACUGUCCACGUAAAAGUGAAGGCAUUAUUGCGGAGAAAUUCAUAGCUUUUAAAACGCCAUUGAGUGCAGCAUUCGAUGAACAGAUGCCCAUGGAGUGUUUGUUUCAUCCGGAAAUGAUUUUCGGCUAUUGUAAAACAUUGAAACUGAACUUGGGUCUGUGGAUUGAUUUGACAAAUACCAAACGGUUUUAUGACCGUGGUGUGGUCGAGGCCAAGGGCACACAAUAUGUUAAGUUGCAAUGUCGCGGCCAUGGUGAGACACCAUCACCCGAACAAACACAAUCCUUCAUCGAGAUUGUGGAUAACUUUAUUAACGAUCGUCCAUUUGAUCUGAUUGGUGUACAUUGUACCCAUGGUUUUAAUCGAACCGGUUUCCUAAUUGCAUCCUAUUUGGUGGAACGUUUGGACUUCUCUGUGGAGGCAGCCUUGGCUAUGUUUAGUAAAAUACGACCACCGGGUAUAUAUAAACAGGAUUAUAUAAAUGAGUUGUACAGACGUUAUGAUGACGAAGAAGAUGCACCGCCAGCACCUGAAUUGCCUGGCUGGUGUUUGGAGUAUGAUGAUUCGGAUCGUGGCAAUAAACGUAAAUACGAAGAAACAGCACACUCCUCAAACUCACAGAUGGCCAAGGCAGCACGUUCUGCACAUUCCAAUGGUAGCUUAGGUCUAAUAGAUUCCUUAGAUGAUGGUGGUGAUAACGAAGCCGAGGAUGGUGACGAUCAAGCGGAUGGCGAUGAUGCCAAUGAAGCAGAUGGUGAUGGAAAUGACAACGGCGGCGAAGGAGGUGGUACCUCAGCCAAUGGCAAACCAAGAAAGAAAAAACGUCAUGAACUUAUGAUUAAAAAUGCCAAAUUUAUGGAUGGUGUACCGGGUGUUACCUGGGUCAGUGAUCAACCCCGUUUGGGUGAUUUACAGCAAAAAGUUCAAGACAUGUGUGGUUGGAAGAAAAGUGGAUUUCCGGGUUGUCAGCCGGUUUCAAUGGAUCGUCAAAAUAUGAAGCGUUUACAGGAGAUACCAUAUCGUGUCUCAUGGAAGGCGGAUGGUACAAGAUAUAUGAUGUUAAUCAAUAAACGCGAUGAAAUCUUCUUUAUCGAUCGCAACAACUCCGUGUUCGAAGUGGAGAAUUUGACCUUUUUAAAAUACAAUAACUUGAAUGAACAUCUAGAGGAUACGCUAUUGGACGGGGAAAUGGUUUUGGAUAAAUACAAUGGGCAGAUUACACCGCGUUACCUCAUCUAUGACAUUAUUAAAAUUGGUAAUCGUGAUAUUGGCAAGGAGAAUUUCUAUCCCAAUCGAUUGCAAUGCAUUGACAUGGAGAUCAUUAUGCCACGUCAUAAGGCCAUAGAAAAAGGAAUUAUAAAUCGUCCAUCGGAACCAUUUAGUUUGCGUAAGAAAGAUUUUUGGGACAUAAGGCAAUCGGCCUCACUGCUGGGAGAAAAGUUUGCCAAAAGUUUGUGUCACGAACCCGAUGGUCUAAUAUUUCAACCAUCUGAACAGCCAUAUACAGCUGGGGUUUGUCCAGAUGUUUUCAAAUGGAAACCGUUGGAUAUGAAUUCAGUUGAUUUUCGUUUAAAAGUGCACACAGAAUCUGGACCAGGAAUUCUUCCCCGCAAAGUAUGUUAUCUUUUCGUUGGUGGUCAUGAUCCACCAUUUGCCCAAAUGGCCCACACAAAAUCAAUUAAAGCAAUGAAUUUAGAUAAUAAAAUUGUUGAAUGUACCAUUAAUGGUCAAGGCCAAUGGGAGUUGAUGCGAGAACGUACGGAUAAAACAAUGCCCAACAGUUAUAAUACUGCCAUGUCUGUCAUCGAGAGCAUACGUAAUCCUGUAACAAAAGAUAUUCUACUACAUUUCAUUCACCACAAUGGCUAUAGGAAUGAUAAUGACAUGAUGCCACCGCCACGUAGCAAUAAUCAACACCAUCAUCAUAACAAUCAACAGCAUCAUCAUCAGAGGCAACAUCAACAACAACAGCAGCAGCAGCGUCAACACUAUCAACAGCCACAACAAGUUCGGCCACCUCCUAAUUAAUAGUUUUAAGAAUUUUUGUGAUAUUUCCAAAUAUCUCGAAAAGGAAAUAUUGCCAAAACAAAAAAAAAUCCUCAAAAACACACUCAUGUCCACACAAACAAAAAAGACAGAAAAUGUCGAUUUUU